AUGGUGACGAUCCAAAGACACUCAGUGGACACUGACUUUUACCAGGGGUUUAAUCCUUUACGUUAUGAGGUAUCAGAAGGAAGACAUCAGCUCACGAUCCUGAGGGUGACUGAGGAAGAUGAGGGCGUUUAUUACUGUGGGGUCGGUGAUUAUUAUAGAACAGAGUUUAGAGAUGCAACAUUCCUCUCAUUAAAAGGUACAAGUCUAAAUCUGUUGGAUUACCAGACAGUGUGGCAACAGCCAGAGUCUGAGCUAGUCCAUCCAGGAGACUCUGUGACUCUGCAGUGUUCAGUCCUCUCUGAGUCCUGUACAGGACAACACAGUGUGUUCUGGUUCAGAGCCGGGGCAGGAGAAUCCCAUCCAGGACUCCUUUACACCCAAGGAGACAGGAGUGAAGAGUGUGAGAAGAGACCUGAGACUCCCUCUCCUACACGGAGCUGUGUCUACAGCCUCUCCAAGAACAACCUCAGCUCCUCUGAUUCUGGGACUUACUACUGUGCAGUGGCCACAUGUGGAGAGAUACUGUUUGGUAAUGGAACAAGACUGGAUGUUGAACCAGCAGUGGAUCUCAUAGUUAUCGUCCUGGUGGUGUCUUUAGCUGUGUGUGUUGUGUUGAUCAUUAUCCUCAUCUGUACCAGAAAGACACGAACAGUGUGUGAAAAUUGUAAAGGCCCUGGAAGUUUAUUAUAA